AUGGCGGAGGGUGAACAGUCGGUGAUACCAAACAUAGAAGAACAGAAGGAUUUUGUUGCGACUCAAUUAGAUAGACAACUUAUCAAAGGGGAAAAAUGGUACAUGUUAGAUGUCAAAUGGUACAAACAAUGGAAGAUCUAUGUUGGCUUUGAUACAUGGGAUCACUACAGCGUUGGGGAAGACAGUGCAAAUCCAGGACACAUAGACAACUCUCCUUUGUUUGAAGACGAUGCCAACACAAAGUUAAAGGAGCACCUGAUAGAAGCACUUGACUACAUCCUCAUACCUGCUGAAGGAUGGGAUAGACUUCGCACAUGGUAUUCCAUGGCAGAGGGACAGGAACCUCUGCCUCGCAAUGUGAUAGAGGAGGGUGUGUACAGCAAGGCCCUGAAGGUAGAGGUGUAUCCAUGGCACCUGAAAGUGGCUGAGAACUCAACACCCGACAACCAUGUGCUCAUGCAGUUCAGCCGCGUUGAUACUAUAGAGCAAUUGGAAGUGGCGAUGAGGCGUGAGUUCAACAUCAACAAGGACAAGGAGGUCCGUCUGUGGAACAGGUACAUGACCAACAUGUAUGAGCCACUGGACAAGAAGGAGACCACCCUGCAGGACGCGGGCCUCAACACAGGCCAGAUUGUCGUCAUAGAGCAGAAAAACGACGACGGUACCUGGCCAAGGGCAAAACCUGUGCCAGUGAAUACAAACACAUUUACCAGCUCAAGUACAAAUAGUGCUUCUAAACCUUCAUCACAAGGAGCUUACUAA